AUGAUCGUGGACAAGGCGGCGUUCCUCGAGGACGACGACGUCGUCCUCGGACCCGACGUCGCCCCGCCGAAGCGCCCUCCCCCGGGCGCGCGCGAUGGCGACGGCGACGCGGACGCGAAAGAGAACGCCGCCGCGCCGGGAACGUCGCGCGGCGCGAAGGAGAAGGAGUGGUGGGAGGUUGACGACGACGAGGCGGAGUACGUGCCGCUGAAGAAGCGGCGCGACGCGAAGGUUCACGAAUCCGCGGCGCGAUUGGGGCACAAACCGCGCGGCGUGGGCGGCGGCGGCGGCGGCGGCGGCGACGACGACGGCGCGGGCGGCGGCGGCGGCGACGGCGGCGGCGCCAGCAACGUCCGAGAGUUCGCCCCCGCGGCGCAGAAGGAGACGACGUCGCUGCUGUCGCGGGCCGCGGGAUUGAAAGAGAUGGCGAACAAGCAGACCCCGGCGCAGAAGCUCGUGGAGGAGGAGGCGGCCAUCAUGAAGAACAUCACGGAGAAGAAGGCGCUGAUGUCCGCGCAGGAGAUUUCUAAGGACGUGACGUACACGCAGUCGAUCGAGACGGGGUGGAAGCCGCCGACGCACAUUUUGAACAUGACGGAGGAGGAAUGCGAGGACGUGCGGGAUAAGUGGCACAUCAUCGUCGAGGGCGUGGACAUCCCGCCGCCUAUCAAGUCGUUCAAGGAGAUGAAGUUCCCUGGGCCCAUCUUGAACGAGCUCGCGAGGAAAGGCAUCGCGCGCCCCACGCCGAUUCAGAUCCAAGGCUUGCCGGUGAUCCUCACGGGGAGGGACAUCAUCGGGAUCGCGUUCACCGGGAGCGGGAAGUCGCUGACGUUUAUCCUCCCCAUGAUCAUGUCCGCGAUGAUGGAAGAGCGGCGGAUGCCGCUGCAAGGGAUGGAGGGCCCGUGUGGGUUGAUUUUGUGUCCGUCUCGCGAGCUCGCGAGGCAGACGCACGAGGUGAUCGAGGGGUUCACGGUGGAGCUCUCGAAGCAAGGGAUGUCCGAGAUGCGAAUCAUGCUGUGCAUCGGAGGGAUCGACUCGAGGGAGCAGAGCGACAUCGUGCGCGAUCGCGGGGUGCACAUGGUCACCGCGACGCCCGGACGGUUGAAAGACUUGCUUCAUCGCAAGCGGAUGAACCUGGACAUUUGCAAGUACCUGUGCCUGGACGAGGCGGAUCGAAUGGUCGACUUGGGGUUCGAGGACGACAUCCGCGACAUCUACUCGUUCUUCAAGUCGCAACGCCAAACGCUCUUGUUCUCCGCGACGAUGCCGGUGAAGAUCCGCAAGUUCGCGGAGAGCGCGCUCGUGAAUCCGAUCGUCGUGAACGUCGGACGCGCCGGCGCGGCGAACCUCGACGUCAUCCAAGAGGUUGAAUACGUGAAACAAGAGGCGAAGAUUGUCUACCUCCUCGAGUGCUUACAGAAAACCGCGCCGCCGGUGUUGAUAUUCUGCGAGAACAAAGCGGACGUGGACGACAUCCACGAGUACCUGUUACUGAAAGGCGUCGAAGCCGUCGCGAUUCACGGCGGGAAGGGCCAGGACGAGCGCGACUGGGGCAUCUCGGAGUUCAAAUCGGAGCGGAAGGACGUCCUCGUCGCGACGGACGUCGCCGGGAAAGGGCUGGAUUUUCCCAACAUCCAGCACGUCAUCAACUACGACAUGCCGGAGGAGAUUGAGAAUUACGUGCACAGGAUCGGCCGCACCGGGCGAUGCGGGAAGACCGGGAUCGCGACGACGUUCAUAAACAAGAACCAGUCCGAGACGACGCUGUUGGAUUUGAAGCACCUGUUGAGGGAGGCGAAGCAGAGGAUACCGCCGGUGCUCGCGAUGUUAGACGAUCCGAUGGACCAGGCGGAGGAGCUCGCGAAGUUGACCGGGACGAAAGGGUGCGCGUACUGCGGCGGUCUCGGACACAGGAUCGGGGACUGCCCGAAGCUCGGGAACCACAGGGAUAAGGAGAUCAGCGGCAUGGGGAGAGUGGACGUGUUCGGCGCCGGCGGGUUCGGAGGGGAGAUGUGA